GUCGGCGGCUUUUGACAGUUAAAUUCGUAUACAGAACAUCUCAACCGCCAUCAUGGCAGAACUGUUUUCAGUGGCAGGAAGCGCAGUUGGGGUGAUUUCGCUCGGUUUGAUGGUUUCUCAGGGGUUUUUGGCAUACUACGGGCCGUACAAAUCAUUCCACGAAGAAAUCGAGACUGUCACGACCCGAGUGGAAGCACUCAAACGCAUAUUGACAGUUAUACAGACUCUAACGACAGAAGCGAACCUGCUAAACUGCCCCUCGGUGGCUCAGUCUACACAAAUCGCAAAAGAUACCAUCUUAUCCUGCAAAAGUGCGCUGCAGAAAUUGCAGGGAGUGCUGAACAGGUUGUGCGCCAGCACGCCACUAAGGAGAUUGCCAACGGCUGAAGUGAAAGCGCACAUAAAUCGAUUAUUAUAUCCUUUUCGGCGGGAAACACUGAUCUCGGUUAUCGAGAACGUGUCGUGGCUGCAGGACAACUUGAACACUUCCCUCCAAAUACUGCAGAUUUCUCUAGCGAUUGUUGGCCAUAAUCGGAUGCAGUCGAUACUCAAAAAGUCGACAUCUAUGGCUUUGGAUACAAACUGUAUGGCGCGGGCCAUUCAACAGCAGGAUCAGGAUAGCGAAAGCAUAAAUCAUGGCCUUGUCAGGAUUGAGAGGCGCCUGGACAAAAUGGAAUCUCGCACCAUGGCUCCCUCGACGUCGCUGAUCGCGGACUCUGAUCUUCUCCAAUCACUUCUCAGCAAGCAGCAGAAUUUGGAUACGGCCAUAGCAGCUCCUGGUUCAGCAGCACAUAUUCGAAGAAGGCAUGUGCUAUUCCAUAACAACGGCUGUUUACUCCAUGCACCUGGCAAGAGGACAAUAAACCUUCUCAUGAAGCGAACAUUGUGCAAUCGCCUAUUGAGAUUCUCAGUGUUAGCAUCUCUUCAGAUCACCAUUGGGGCUGGAGGAUUCGCGAUCAGCCCUAAACUUGAAUUCCGCCCAGUUGUACCGGAAGAUUCGCCGAUAUUUAUCCUAUUACGGAGCGUCAGGCUAAGGUUCAAGGAAGACUCUAAUAGGUCUCUUAUUCGGGAUGCCAAUAGAAGGUUAUUUGAGUUAUUUCGUGAAGGCAAAGCAUCCCCGUCAGAUACCUUAGCAGACGGAAGUACUAUCUUGCAUAUUGUGACCAGUUGGCAGUACUAUACGUGCCAAUGGGAUGCCGAUUUAUUAGAGGACUGGCGCAGGCUUAUCAAUGAGCUUCUAGAUACUGGUCUAUCACCAAGUCAAAUUGAUUACAGUGGCAGAACUCCGGCGGAUAAUAUGAUAGACCUCUAUGAAACAUUUUGGGAUGGUCACGGAGAACCUGUCAGGGAGAGUGCAACUCUUGCAAUUUGUUCUGACUUAUUGAAAGCCGGUGGACAUAUGACAAAUAACGCCCUCGACUGGCGGCAUCGUCCUAACACUUUAAAUCCGGUGUAUUACAUGUAUCCACGUCGUCUCUUUGAGGAACACACCGUCCGCCUUGUCUGGUUACUCGAGGACAGCAGAGGACUCCAAGAUAUAGAUCUUCCAGAAGAGCUGGUACCGCUGAUAACGAGGUCUAAAGACCAUCUUCUCUUGCUGCUUAAGAAGAAAUAUGAUAUGCAAGGAUGGAUUGAUUCCUACGCACAAUGGCCUACUGGCCUUUGUUUGUUACUACAGGCCGGAUACAAUCCCGUUUGGCAACCGUUCAGACGUGCUUGUGAGGCAAAUUGUAUAGCAAGCCUCCGGAUUCUAAUUAACAAUCGAAACUUUCGACUGGGACGCUUUGAGCUUGAAAUUGCCAGUGUACAUUAUAACAAGGAUAUAGUGCAACUAACGCUUCAAGCUCUAGUUGACCGCAGAAAGCGGUUGCAGAGUCUUGCAGCAGCUUGUCUGCCAAGCGAGGUACUGGCUCAGCUACAAAUUCGGCCUGACUGUCUUCUCAACCUCAAGGCUGCAAAAGCCUACAAGCUGCUCAAGCUCUACUCCAUAAAAGUGGACGACAUCGAAGAAGAAUCUGAAUGGUCAGUUUAUGACGCGGUAGGAGACAAUCUCAGCAUUGCUGAUCAGCUAUGGUAUGCCGGUUUCCAGGAUGUGGACGAACUCGAUGACUGCGGAGAAACUGGCCUGAUGAGACUCGAGUGGUCUAAACUGAACAGACUGGGUCCCGGACCUGUAUUGGAAAAAGCAUGCUGGAUGAUCUCCAAGGGCGCUGGCGCUCAUCGCAAGAAAUCAAGUUCGCCAGCUCUGCACUUCCUGGGACACGCGAUUGGUGACUCAAUAUUUUUUAUAAGAAAUGAUGAAGACGCUAGAACCAUGCUUUCCUGUUUGGAUAAAGAGUGUUGGGCCCUUUUCCGCAGCAUACUUUGCGAUGAUACCAAAGAUAACUGUGACUGUUCCUGUUCUGUCGAUGGAUGCUGCGGACUCACAAGAGUACUAGGUGGGCUUCACUGGAGGCGAGAUAAUACAUCAACGCAAAGUCUUAUUCAAGGGUUUUCGGUGACAAUAGAUUUUGCAGCCAGUUUCCUGGAGCUAAACCCUCGAGAAUUGUUCUACAAUCAGCUAGCACCUGGUGUGUUCCGUUUCCUCACCUUUCAUAUGCUGGAUCUCACCCACACCUGCACCCAUCACUACAGGAACAUUGAACCAGAAGAAGCGGCUGAGGUCCAUGAUGAACAGAGGUAUCUGAUUUGGACGCUGGAAAGGCUUGUCAAUGAGCUCACCGUAGAAUUUGAGAAAUCUACAGAGCCUCUGCCAGAAUUUCUGACCGGAUACUGUUGGAAGCGAAUAAAUGAGGCCAUCUCAGCGCGCGAUACGCCAACUCAGCAGGAGCUGGACAAGCUUUAUCAAACAGGAGUAGUAUUUUGGGGGUACAAUGAUGCAAUGUUUUAG